AAAAAUGACGCUUCGUCUCUCUCUCUGAGCCGCCGUCAAAAGGUAAGCAAUCUAAGCAUUUUUUGAACAGCAGGUAAGUCUCUCAUCUCAUUAUCUCAUUCCUUAGAGGGGAAGACUUCAUAACGUACUUACCAAAAAAAAGACUUCAUAACGUACUUUGUCAUUUCAAUUUCUUCGUGAUUCUAUUCUACCUGGCUUUUUAAAUUUGAUCUUUAUUUCCACAAUUCAAAAUGAAACGUACCUUCAUGGUUUUUCGGUUCACAAAUACGUUAUCUUUUUUUGUUUUUGGGUGACUUUUUUUUUAAAUUUGAAAUCAAUUAAAACUCUGGUUUUGGGUGGAGCCUUCAACCCAAAUACUAUGACCCUAAAACACGAAAAGUAGAGGACGAUAUGUUUUUCUGUUAGUCCCCACCCAUGUUUUAAGUUACUUCCUUUCAAAAAAAAUUAAAUAUUUUGUGUAUUUUUUUUUAGGGAAUGAAAUAAGAACUGGAAUUUAUUGACCGGUUAAGAUGCGAUCUAGAGCUAAUGAAGCUCUAAUCAACUCUGAUUAUAACUCUAACAAUCAACUACUGACAUUUUUUUGCAGCUCCAACAAUUAGGAGUUGAUUACAACAUCUUAAGUCAAUUAGGAGUUGAAACGCGGUGAAACUAUGACACGGACAAGUUUUAAUAUCCAACAUAAGGUCUCUAAUUUUCCCCGGGGUUACUACAUCUUUUGACUAGGAAAGUGCCUUCAGUCAAGGGAAUUCGCUAGUAGUUAAUGGAUGGAGAGAAUGGACUUGCCAAAGUUUGUGGUGUUCAAUUCACUCUCAAACAAAAACUACUUGCGCCCGGGUGGGACAAAUGGCUACAUGAAAUUCGAGGCAAUGGACGUUGGAAGAUGGGGUGUGAAGCACGAAGUUCAGAAGGCAAAAACUGGAGGUGGACUGAUCCACAUAAGAUGUUGUGACACUGGCAAAUACUGGACUUGGGGUCUGACUAAAGACUCAGUUCAAUUUAUUACAGCACAAGCUGACCAACCAGGGGAAGACACAACUACAAGAGCUUGUACAUUGAUAAAGCCCUCCCAUAACACCAAGGACGGUGUAAAGGUCGUCAAUUUAGAAGUUAUGUACGUAGGGGAAUGGUGGCCCAUAGGUGGAAACAAGAAGGGAUAUUUAGUAUCCGGAGACGAGGACUUCAUCAUAUCACAUUGGGAAUCGCUGCCAGCCAAUCAGUCGCAGGAACCAUCCAUUGGUGACAAAAAUAUGGAUGCCGAAUGUAUUGGUGCAACACUUGGGAGUGAGGAAAUGGACUUGCCAAAGUUUGUGUCGUUCAAUUCACUCUUGAACAAAAACUACUUGCACCCAGAUGGGAUAAAUAGCUACAUCAAAUUCGGGGCAGUGGAUGUCAUAAGCUGGGGUGUGAAGCACGAAGUUCAGAAGGCAAAGUCUGGAGGUGGACUAAUCCACAUAAGAUGUUGUGACACCGGCAAAUACUGGAGUUGGGGUCUGACUGAUUACUCAAAAAGCUUUAUUGUUACACAAGCUAACCAACCAGGGGAAGACACAACUACAAGAGCUUGUACGUUGAUCAAGCCCUCCCAAUACACCAAGGACGGUGUUAAUGUUGUCAAUUUACAAGUUAUGUACGAGGGGACAUGGUGGUCCAUAGGUGGAGACGAUGAGGGAUAUUUAGUAACUGGAGGCGAGGACUUCAUCAUAUCAGAUUGGGAAUUGCUACCACCCAUUGGGAACGAGGAAAUGGACUUGCCAAAGUUUGUAGUGUUCAAUUCACUCUCAAACGAAAACUACUUGCGCCCGGGUGGGAUAAAUAGCUUCAUGAAGUUCGAGGUAGUUGAUGUUAUAAAAUGGGGUGUGAAGCACGAAGUUCAAAAGGCAAAGUAUGGAGGUGGACUGGUCCACAUAAGAUGCUGUGACACCAGCAAAUACUGGAGCUGGGGUCUGACUACAAACUCAGUUAACUUUAUUACAGCACAGGCUGACCAACCAGGGGAAGACACAACUACAAGAGCUUGUACUCUUAUCAAGCCCUCCCAUAACACCAAGGACGGUGUUAAGGUUGUCAAUUUACAAGUUAUGUAUCAGGGGAAAUGGUUGUCCGUAGGUAAAAACGAGGGGGGAUAUUUAGUAGCUGGAGACGAGGACUUCAUCGUAUCAAAUUGGGAAAUGCUACCACCCAAUCAGCUGCAGGGACUUGGUGACAAAAAUAUGAAUACUGGAGGUACCGGUGCAUCAAUUGGGAGUGAAAAAAUUGCCUUUCAAAAGUUUAAAGAGGAAAUGGACUUGCCAAAGUUUGAAGAGGAAGUUGACUUGCCAAAGUUUGUGGUGUUCAAUUCACUCUUGAACAAAAAUUACUUGCGCCCGGAAGGGGCAAACAGCUACAUGAAAUUCGAGGUAGUGGAUGCCAUAAGCUGGGGCGUGAAGCACGAAGUUAUGAAGAAAAAGUCCGAAGGUGGACUGGUCCACAUAAGAUGUUGUGAUACCGGCAAGUACUGGAGUUGGGGUCUUACCGAUUACUCAAGAAGCUAUAUUGUGGCACAGGCUAACCAUCCAGUGGAAGACACAACUACAAGAGCCUGUACGUUGAUCAAGCCCUCCCAAUACACCAAAGACGGUGUUAGUGUCGUCAAUUUACAGGUUAUGUACGAGGGGACAUGGUGGUCCAUAGGUGGAGACAAUGAGGGAUAUUUAGUAACUGGAGGCGAGGACUUCAUCAUAUCAGAUUGGGAAUUGCUACCACCCAUUGGGAACGAGGAAAAAGACUUGCCAAAGUUUGUAGUGUUCAAUUCACUCUCAAACGAAAACUACUUGCGCCCAGGUGGGAUAAAUAGCUACAUGAAAUUCGAGGUAAUGGAUGUUGUAAAAUGGGGUGUGAAGCACGAAGUUCAAAAGGCAAAGUAUGGAGGUGGACUGGUCCACAUAAGAUGCUGUGACACCAGCAAAUACUGGAGCUGGGGUCUGACUACAGACUCAGUUAACUUUAUCACAGCACAGGCUGACCAACUAGUGGAAGACACAACUACAAGAGCUUGUACGCUGAUCAAGCCCUCCUAUAACACCAAGGAUGGUGUUAAGUUCGUUAAUUUACAAGUUAUGUACCAGGGGAAAUGGUUGUCCGUAGGUAGAAACGAGAGGGGAUAUUUAGUAGCUGGAGACGAGGACUUCAUUGUAUCAAAUUGGGAAAUGCUACCACCCAAUCAGCUGCAGGGACUUGGUGACAAAAAUAUUAAUACGGGAGGUACUGGUGCAUCAAUUGGGAGUGAGAAAAUGGCCUUUCAAAAGUUUAAAGAGGAAAUGGACCUGCCAAAGUUUGAAGAGGAGGUUGACUUGCCAAAGUUUGUGGUGUUCAAUUCGCUCUUGAACAAAAACUACUUGCGCCCGGAAGGGACAAAUAGCUACAUGAAAUUCGAGGUAGUGGAUGCCAUAAGCUGGGGCGGGAAGCACGAAGUUAUGAAGAAAAAGUCUGGAGGUGGACUGGUCCACAUAAGAUGUUGUGAUACCGGCAAGUACUGGAGUUGGGGUCUUACUGAUUACUCAAGAAGCUAUAUUGUUGCACAGGCUAACCAUCCAGUGGAAGACACAACUACAAGAGCUUGUACGUUGAUCAAGCCCUCCCAAUACACCAAAGACGGUGUUAGUGUCGUCAAUUUACAGGUUAUGCACAAGGGAACCUGGUGGUCCAUAGGUGGAGACGGUGGGGGAUAUUUAGUGACGGGAGGCGAGGACUUUAUAAUAUCAGAUUGGGAAUUGCUGCCACCCAAUCAGCCACAAGGACCAUCUGUUGGUGACAAAAAUAUGUAUACAGGAGGUACUAGUGCAUCAACUGGGAAUGAGGAAAUGAACUUGCCAGAGUUUGAAGAGGAAAUGCACUUAACAAAAAUCGUAGUGUUCAAUUCACUCUUGAACAAAAACUACUUGCGCCCAGUUGGGCAAAAUUGCUACAUGAAAUUUGAUCAGACGGCUAAUGUUGGAAGUUGGGGCGUGAAGCACGAAAUUCAGAUGUCAGAGUCUGGAGGUGGACUAGUCCACAUAAGAUGUGACAAUGGCAAAUGCUGGGCUUGGGGCUCGACUAAAGACUCAGUUGACUUUAUUACUGCACAGGCAAACCAACCAGGGGAAGACGCAUCUAUAAGAGCUUGUACAUUGAUCAAGCCCUCUUUCAACACCAAGGACGGUGUUAGUGCCAUCAAUUUAGAAGUUAUGUACCAGGGGACAUGGUGGCCCAUAGGUGGAGACAGUAGGGGAUAUUUAAAAGUUGGAGGCGAGGACUUCAUUGUAUCAGAUUGGGAAUCUCUACCUCCCAAACAGCCACAAGGAGCAUCUGAUGGUGACAAGAAUACGAAUACUGAAGGUGGUGUAUUAAUUGGGGACACGACUAUAGAAGGUGGUGUUUCCUUUGGGAGCUCGAAGAAUAUCAGUGCUUCUGUAUCGAUUGGCAACACGACUGUGAACUACCAGCUGUUGGCAACACAAAUACCACAAGAGGUGGUGCGUCAAUUAGGAUCGAUCUGGAACACAAAUAUUGACGGUGGUUCAUGAGUUGGCAACACGGAAACUGCAGGUGGUGCAUAGAUUGGGAUCACGUAUAUUGGAGUGCGCUUUCUCUCUCUCAUGUUGGGCUCCAAGUUCAACCAAGCCAUGUCGCCAUUCUUUUGCUAGUUGGGGGGAUAUGUGUUAUCCAUACGAAGUAUGAGUAUAUAAUAAAAGAAUUGGAGGCCUUUUGGAAUGUGGCUUGUCCAUGGUGUUAGAAUAUUAUUGUUUAUGAUGUUAUUAAUGUUUAGUUACAAGGACGUUAUUGUCCUUUCAUGUAAUAGGGUUUACUUAGCGUAUCUACGUUUUCUCUAUAUAAUGAUGUGCUAGCCUCUUGUAACAGAAUACAAAAUAAUAGAAUUUCUCUAUUUCUAGUCUUACUACAUGGUAUUAGAGCAUAAGAUCUAGGCCUGUGGGAUAUUCGCAUUCCGGCGGGCAGCUUAUGCCUCACUGUCGUCCGCUGGGCACUCAUCUAUUCUGCAACAAACCACAGAAUUUGCACAAUGGUCAUAUCUUC